CCACACCCGUCCACUCGUCAAGCUCCCACGCUGAGCCUGAGCGCAUGGAGAGUAGCAGGUCGUUGCAGCACCUCGCCGAGUACGAUGACUUCUUCUUCGGGUGGCUCGACGACAGCGCACGGCACUCGCCGCCGUCCUUGGACCACCUCGUUCACGGCGUCGGUCAUUCCUUCCAAAUCUCAACGUCGUCCUCCUUCAUCGACUUGUACCCCCGCGACGAUCUCUUCUCCAUCGACUUAACCACGGCGGCGAGUGACUUCGACUUCGACCUGCCGGUAGUAGACGAUCCCGCGCCGUCCCCGAUGAUGCCGCAGAUCAGCGCGAGCCGCCUCCUCCCCUGCGAGCCCGGAGGCGGCUCCGGCGCGCAAGAAGACGGCGACGAGUCGGUGUCGGUGAUCACCAGUCGGUAUCAUCACUCUGCGGACGCCCCGAGCGCGCCGUGGUUGUCAGCCUUCUCGUCGCCGGUCUCCCACUCGGCGCGGAGCACGCUAGUCUCGCUGAGUGCGUGCUCUAUCGCGACGAGCAAGCACGCCAGGCCGCGGCCGGCAGCGUUGUGUGCCGGGAGGCGGCGCGCGGGGUCGUCGCCAUGGAAGGUGCUGCGUUUCCUGAUGCCCCUGUACCGGAAGGUCAGGGCUAUCGCGGGGAGGCACAGCAGGUUCACGUUGGCGGCGAGCCCGGCGAGCGGGGCCACGUCGAGCGUCGGGUACCACGGCAGGGCCGACACGGACGUCCAUGACGCCAUCCUCUAUUGCAACAAGUCCAGCGGAUCAGGUGUGCAGGAGACUAAUCGCAUGUCAGCCACAUGAUCUUCUAAAUCCGUGACAGGUUAUCUUCUCCUGUAUCGCAAAAACUCGACGUUUUGGAGGUUUCUAUACUGUACCUCGGUCUCAAAAUAUUAACACGAUGUUUUAGCCUACAAAAACAUCUUAUAUUUUAAGAUGGAGGUAGCAUGUAACAAAAAAGGAAAAUAAAAUAUCCUAACAAUAUUUU